CCGCCAAGUCCCUACCUAUAUAAAUAAAUAGGAAAGGACCGCAGAAAUCUCCACCUUGGUUUGGUCCUCUCUGUCUCUCUGUCCCUCAAAGCUUCACAGCUUGAAGAUAUCUCCGCGAGUCUCCGUGUGCUUUGCUUUCGUUGCGACCAAUCUAACUGGUACCAUGAACAUCUUCAGUAAGAAACCCACCGCCAAAGAGGCUCUUCGGGAGAGCAAGAGAGAAAUGGCUAAUGCUACUAGAGGAAUAGAGAAGGAAAUUGGAGCAUUGCAAUUAGAAGAAAAAAAGCUUGUUGCUGAGAUAAAGAGAACGGCAAAAACAGGAAAUGAGGCUGCAACUAAAAUACUAGCCAGGCAGCUAGUCAGGCUUAGGCAACAGAUAUCUAACUUACAAGGAAGUCGAGCUCAAAUGAGAGGAAUAGCAACUCAUACGCAGGCAAUGCAUGCUCAGUCAUCAGUUGCUGUUGGCAUGAAAGGUGCUAGUAAGGCGAUGGCAGCUAUGAAUAAGCAAAUGGCUCCUGCGAAGCAGGCACAGGUGAUACGCGAAUUUCAGAAGCAAUCUGCACAGAUGGAUAUGACUACUGAAAUGAUGUCCGACGCAAUAGAUGAUGCCUUGGAUGAUGAUGAGGCAGAAGAGGAAACAGACGAGCUGACAAACCAGGUGCUGGAUGAAAUUGGCGUUGAUGUCGCCUCACAGCUGUCAGCAGCUCCCAAAGGAAGAAUUGCAGCGAAGAACACUGAGGGUGUUGGCAGUUCUGGCACUGAUGAACUUGAGAAAAGAUUGGCAGCUCUUCGAAAUCCAUGAGUCAGAGAUCAGAAAGCAGAGAAAUUUUUUUUUUUCUCCCCAGAGUUUGAUAUUAAAUUCUUGCUAGGUUAAACAUUGUAAAUAUUUUGUUGCUUAUCGCAAUUAUCCAUUUCAGCGCCACUACAUACAAUGAAGCUAAUACACUUGGGAUGUUUGCUGAUGUCGAUAGAUUUGAAUUGCUCCUCCUUGUAUAAUGAGGAGCUAAUACACUUGGGAUAUUUGCUAUCAAAGUUUAUUUGAGUGGACUACUAGACUAGUCAGUUCUUGUAUUGUAUC